GAUUCUGUGGAGUUGCCUCCGUCCCCCUUUGAUUUGGGGGGGGUUGGAUUUCCCCGCUGUAGGAUUUCCCCCUCUUUGCAGUUCCUGGAUGCUGACAACGUCCUGACCAACCCCGACACGCUGGGGCUGCUGAUGGCGGAGAACAAAACGGUGGUGGCUCCCAUGCUGGAUUCCCGUGCUGCCUAUUCCAACUUCUGGUGUGGGAUGACGGCUCAGGGUUACUACAAACGCACCCCCGCCUACCUGCCCAUCCGCAAGCGGGAGCGGCGCGGCUGCUUUGCGGUGCCCAUGGUGCAUUCCACCUUCCUGCUGGACCUGAGGAAGGAGGCGGCGCAGCGCCUCGCCUUCUACCCCCCUCACCCCGACUACACCUGGCCCUUCGACGACAUCAUCGUCUUCUCCUUCUCCUGCAAGCAGGCAGAGGUGCAGAUGUUUGUGUGCAACAAGGAGCCCUAUGGAUUCCUGCCGGUGCCGCUGCGCUCGCACAGCACGCUGCAGGACGAGAGGGAGAGCUUCAUGCACGUCCUGCUGGAGAUCAUGGGUGGGUGCUGGGCCCGAACCUGAACCCUAACCCUUAACCCUUAACCCUG